GCGUAGCGGUGCAGCCGCCUCCUCAGGGCUUCCCUGGGGCCCACGCGAGCGGGGCAAUGCAGGAACGGCUCUCCGCAGCAAAGCCCCUCUGUGGUGGGCGGAGACCCUGCGUGGAGUGGGCGUGCCCACCCCAUCAAGCACCAAAAGUUUCUGUCACCGUCCCCGGCCGGCGAGACCCUUCCCAUGCCGGUCCCUAUCGUGGACGCGGGACAGAUCCUGGCAAGGCACCGGGUCCCCCGCUGGCGUAGCACGGGACAUCUGCCGAGCCGUGCAGCGGGGACCCCCGCUCGGGGCCGCUCUUGGGACUCCCUCGCGCGCCCCCACGGCGAGGCAGCGGGGGGUCCCCGCCCACGCGGCGCGCCGCGGCCCGGUGAGGGUUAACGGGGGCGGGGCCGAGCGAGUGCGCGCGGGGCGCGGGGCGGGCCGGAGCGGGCGGCGGCGGAGGGCGCGGUGCGCCGGGCAGCGGCGGCGGCGCGGCCCGCGUGACCCACGCUGCGCCCCGUGCGCUCGCGAGUCCGCGCCCCGCGCCCGGCCGGCCCACCCGCAGGAUGCGCGCCCCGCCGCUGCUGCUGCUGCUGGCUGUCUGCGCGCCGCCGCCUUGCGACGCGGCCGCCCCGACGCCGCCGGGCUGGGAACCGGCCGCAGACGCGCCCUGGUGCCCCUACAAGGUGCUGCCCGAGGGCCCGGAGGCGGGCGGCGGACGCCUGUGCUUCCGCAGCCCCGCGCGCGGCUUCGGCUGCCUGGCGCCGGCCUGCGCGGUGCACGCCUCGGCCGGCGGCUCGCUGCGCGCCAGCGUCCUGCGCAACGGCACGGUGCUGCUGCAGUGGCGCCUGGCACCGGCUGAGGCGCGCCGCGUGCGCGCCUUCGCUCUCAACUGCUCGUGGCGCGGCGCCUACACGCGCUUCCCGUGCGAUCGCGUGCUGCUCGGCGCGUCCUGUCGCGACUACCUGCUGACCGACGUGCACGACAGCGUGCGCUACCGUCUGUGCCUGCAGCCGCUGCCCCUGCGCGCCGCCCCCGCCGCCGCCGCUGUCCCGGAACCCGCCGAGUGCGUGGAGUUCACCGCCGAGCCGGCCGCCAUGCAGGAGAUCGUGGUGGCCAUGACGGCGGUGGGCGGCUCCAUCUGCGUCAUGCUGGUGGUCAUCUGUCUGCUGGUAGCCUACAUCACCGAGAACCUCAUGCGCCCUGCCUUCGGGCGCCCUGGGCUACGCGGGCAGCCGUGAGGUGCCAGGCGGCCCGCCUGCCCGUGCACGCUGCACCUGAGACCCCAAGCCCUCGGCUCGCGCCACCCUUCCCCAUUCCUGCCCCCUCCCCUUAAGAUCCCUGCGGGGAGAGGAGGGGCGACCUCCUCCCUGCACCAGGACCCUAACAGCAUCCAAUGCGCUUCCCAGCUGGCGCCUGUGCCUGCCCCUACUCCGACUGGGGACUGCCUGCUGGGCCUGGACUGCAGGUGCCAGCUCUGCCGCAUGCAGGAGCCCCUCUCCCCUUCUCCAGAGGCCUUUCUUGGGCCAGCCAGGACGCGUGGCCUUUUCCAGCAAGAGCCAUCCCCGCCCCCCCCCCCCCCCGAAAUCAGCGAGUGCCCUGCCCAGCCAUCGCAAGUUGAGUUUGUCUGGGGCCAGGUGGACAUCUGCUUGGUCGCUGUCCUUCCUGCCGGGUUGGGGUCAGUUUGUGCCUUAGUCUCUCAGGCCCCAGCAGAGCUGGCCACUGGCCUGCUGUCCUGGGGGUGUCUGUGGCCCUGAGACUGGCCAGCCUCCCCGGCCACGUCUUCCUGAGCAGGUG